AUGCGCCGAAUACACGACACCAAGACACAAAUGUUGACACUUCAAGAACACAUCCAGUUAAGGCUGUCAGAUGGAAGGACCCGCUGUGCUGGUCGAUUGGAGAUUUACCACGGAGGCACAUGGGGCUCCGUGUGUGAUGAUGCUUGGGAUGAGAUAGAUGCUCAAGUGGUUUGUAAGCAACUAGGUUGUGGAAAGGCCCUGGAUAUGGCACCGCGUUUUACCUUUGAACCCGGCUCAGGCCCAAUUUGGUUGAAAGAUGUGAAGUGUUCUGGAAACGAAUCACUUCUUUGGGAAUGCCCAUCAGCACAACUGGGUCAGCAAGGCGACUGUUCUCACAAGGAGGAUGUCAGGAUUGUAUGCUUAGAUCACAAGGAGAUACGGUUGGUGAAUGGAAAACAUCGCUGCCAGGGGAGAAUGGAAGUGUUUUACAAUGGGACCUGGGGAACGGUGUGCUUGGAAAAUCCAGAUGUACAGAGUGCUGAGCUAAUUUGUAAAGAUUUCGACUGUGGUGCCCUUUUGUCCAUUGAUUUUGACGAUCAGUCAUUCGGAACAGGGGCGGGACCUGUUUGGCUCGAGGGGUUGGAGUGUCUAUCGCACAGGUCGGCCGUGUGGCAAUGUCAGGCAGAUCCCUGGGGCCGUUGCAGCUCUCGACAGUUAGAAAAUGCAGGUGUCUUUUGUUCAGAGAGAAAUGUGGCAAAGGAGCAGAGCCUCAAUUCAACUUCCUGUGAUCAACAAUCAGAUCCACAAUACAGCGUGCGCCUGGAUGGAGGACGCAGCAACUGCUCUGGGAGAGUGGAGAUCAUGUGUGAUAAACGUUGGGGCACGGUGUGCGGUGAUUCCUGGGACAUAACUGAUGCCAGUGUUGUCUGCAGGCAGCUGGGAUGUGGGUUUGCUGUAUCGGCCAGAGGAGAGCCCGCUGUCUCCCUGAGUGAAGGUGUGAUCUGGCAGAAUGAUGUGAAGUGUAAGGGAAGUGAAUCCUUUCUCUCCGACUGUCUCUCCCCACCCCCAGCUCAAAUGGAGUGUAAUCACAAGGAAAUUGCCACUGUGAUUUGCUCUGAAUUCGAGUUGUUGCUGACUUCCCCUUCACCUCCACCUGCGGGACAGGAAAGUAAAUCUAUUUCUACACCUGCUGUCGUCUGCCUAACCUUGGGGACCCUGUUAAUCUGUGAGUUGAUCGUACUACUGGUGGUAAUGCAGAGAAAGUCACAAAUGAAAGAACCUCGCACUGGUGACAGAGACUCCAGUCUUGGUUUGCAUCAAGGAAUUUAUGAAGAAAUUGAAGAUACUCCCCCUGCCCACAAGACGGAUCAGAAACAUGGAUCAGGAGUUUCUAUUGCCUCACUCAAUCACAUUGAGUACUACACCAGCCACAACGUAAAUCACAAUAAUCUGGAAGCAGAAACUCCUGGGGUGAACUUCAACAGUAUUCCAGGUCCACUUCGUGCUGAUUAUGACGAUAUUGAGAUUGAAGAUGUUGAAUCUCAGGAUGGCCAGUUCCAAUUGGACAGUGAUCCCGAUUAAGCCCUCUCACUGACAAAUAACAGCAAUGGCCUUUGCGUACUUGGUGAACGUUAGUCUGCUUCAACAUGGGACGCCCUGAUGCUGAUAAUCUUUGAGAAGUCGUCUACAAUCGUUUCCCGAAUGCUGAGUUUUUUUGUUUCCCUUCAGUAUAAGGUUAACUUCAUUGUAAUUCAUCAACAUUUGAUCUGUAUUGACUUGACUAUCAUCAUAUUCUUGCUUUCUUGAUUUGAUUGCGUGCAUUGUUAUGAGUUAA